CCCCACCACCGUGGGCGCCUGCCAUCAGUGCCAAAUUCACGCAAAUGACAUUCACAUCCCGGCGGCGCCCAUGCAAGGCAACGUAGGAGCCUGGCCAUUCGCCCAAUGGGGCAUGGAUCUCUUAGGCCCUUUUCCCAAGGCGCAUGGGCAAAUGAAAUACCUGAUAGUGGCAGUCGAUUACUUCUCCAAAUGGAUAGAGGCAGAACCUUUGGCCACAGUCACAGAAGCCCAGGUGCGAAAAUUCACCAAGAAGAAUAUAUUCACUCGGUUCAGCUUGCCUGAGUCCAUUGUCACAGACCAUGGGAAGCAGUUCGACUGCAAGAAGUUCGUGGAGUUCUGUGAAGACAAUGGAGUCGUGUUGAGGUUUUCCUCGGUGGCUUACCCACAAGCAAACGGUCAAGCAGAGGCGGCCAACAAAAGUAUCCUUCAUGGGUUGCACACCCGGCUGGCGGGCGCCAAGGGAAAAUGGGUCGAGGAACUACCAAAUGUGUUGUGGGCGCAUCGCAAAACUUACAAGACUGUCACCGGGGAAACACCCUUCGCCUUGACUUACGGAAGCGAGGCGGUCAUUCCCGUGGAGUCAACAUCCCAAGUUACCGCGUUGUCCAGUACGACCCAAACAACAAUGACGAGGCAAGGACCGACGAAUUGGACAUGGCAGACGAGGUAAGGGAGGUGGCGGCAAUCUGUUUGGAAGAAAUGAAGCGACAAGUGGCCCGGUACUACAACAAGAAAAUGCGUGCCCAUGGGAUCGUUGAAGGCGCCCUGGUCCUCAAACGUGAUUUCUGCCCUAACGCCCGCGAGGGAAAGUUAGCACCAAAGUGGAAAAGCCCAUAUCGAGUCCGAGAAUUGGUAGGACCCAAUACGUUCAUGCUAGAGCAUACUGACGGCAGAGUGGUGAAAAGAACAUGGAACGCACAAAAUCUACGAAUUUAUCGAGAGGGCGUCGCACAAGGAGAAGGCGCCUCCACCUAAUGAGAACCAGAAAAGGGAAAAGGCGGUCGUAGUUGUAAGUGUUUGUCUAUGUGUAAGCGCAUUGUGUUGUGACCAAAGCGCGCGUUGAAAUAGCGCCGUAUCGUGUCCAAAGCGCCCAAUGUUCUAGUAUCCCAGUAGUGACUUCAUGUUCGGGUUCGCCUUUUCACAUUCAGUAAAAGCGCCCAACUUUGCGCCCGAUUAUGUGUUUUAAGAGUUAAGAGAAGUUAGUAAAGCGCCCAGUUUUCCCCCCCGUCAAUCACAAAGCGCCCCAAUAUUGCGCCAUAAGUCAGGACAGUAACGCGCCCAAAUUUGCGCCCUCGAAACGUGGUAAUCAAUGAUAAAUAGAAAU